CUAAGUGGCUGAGGCGAGUAGCGCGCGACGGCGGGCGAAUGUUGGCGGCGCGGCACGUUGUGUGCGCCUUGUCAGGCGGAGUGGACAGCGCAGUGGCCGCUCUGCUGCUGAGGCGGAGAGGGUACCAAGUGACAGGGGUGUUUAUGAAGAACUGGGACCAGCUGGACGAGCAUGGCGUGUGCACCGCGGACAGAGACUGCGAGGACGCCUACAGGGUCUGCCAGAUCCUGGACAUCCCCUUCCACCAGGUCUCCUACGUGAAGGAGUACUGGAAUGACGUGUUCAGUGACUUCUUGAAUGAGUACGAGAAAGGAAGGACUCCCAACCCAGACCUAGCGUGCAACAAGCACAUCAAGUUCGGCUGCUUCCUUCAUUAUGCUGUGGAUAACCUAGGUGCAGAUGCUGUAGCCACUGGCCACUACGCAAGAACCUCUCUGGAAGAUGAAGAAGUUUUUCAACAGAAGUACAUAAAGAGGCCCGAAGGGCUUUUCAGAAAUCGCUUUGAAGUUAGAAACCCGGUGAAGCUCCUGCAGGCAGCCGACAGCUUUAAGGACCAGACCUUCUUUCUCAGCCAGGUUUCCCAGCCUGCCCUGAGGAGAACCAUCUUCCCCCUCGGGGGCUUAACCAAAGCUUUCGUCAAGAAAAUCGCGGCUGAGAAUCGGCUUCAUCACGUGCUUCAGAAAAAAGAGAGUAUGGGCAUCUGCUUUGUGGGCAAGAGGAACUUCGAGCAUUUCAUCCUCCAGGUGAGCGGGCUCUGGCGGGGCAGGCCGCGGCCGCGCGCGUGCCAGGCCCCCUCACCGUCAGCGUCUAUCUUUCAGUAUCUUCAGCCUCGGCCUGGUAAAUUUAUCUCCAUAGAAGACAAUCAAGUUCUGGGGACACAUAAAGGUUCGUUCCUGUACACCUUGGGUCAGAGAGCCAAGAUAAGUGGCUUGCGGGAACCCUGGUUUGUGGUGGACAAGGACGGGGCCAAGGGCGACGUGUUUGUGGCCCCCCGGACAGACCACCCGGCCCUGUACAGAGACCUGCUGCGGACCAACCGCGUGCACUGGAUUGCCGAGGAGCCGCCUGCGGCCCUGGUCCGAGACAAGAUGAUGGAGUGCCACUUCCGCUUCCGCCACCAGAUGGCGCUAGUGCCCUGUGUGCUGACCCUCAAUCAGGAUGGCACCGUGUGGGUGACUGCUGUGAAGGCCGUGCGGGCCCUCACCCCAGGGCAGUUUGCUGUGUUCUACAAAGGGGACGAGUGCCUUGGCAGUGGGAAGAUCCUACGUUUGGGACCGUCUGCCUACACUCUCCAGAAGGGCAGAAGCAGAGCCGGAGUGGCCCCUGAGGUGUCUGGUGAUGGCCCAGGCCUGUGUCCCACACCCUGACCCAGAAUGAGCUGCUGGGAGGUGACCCAAGAGAGCUGAGCCCAGGCUGGGCAGCUGGUGGGCAGGCUGGGUCAUUGAGGAACUUGGUUGCGACUGCCUGAACCAGGGGAUGCCUGACCAGCGCUGCCAUCCCAGAGCCUGGAGCUUCAGCAGCCCAGAGGUCUUGCGGAGCAGGGUUCUUGCAAGGGCGUUGGUGAGUGCCUCUUUCCCUUCUACCCAGGAAGGUGUUGCACCUGUGGCCACAUGGUAGGGGUCUGUGGGGACCCUGGGACCACAGGGACCAUCAAAUAAACAGUACUCUGUCUGUCGCUGCCUCCAGUGCUAGGAGCGGCCUCUGGGAGGUUUCGGGGCUCCACAUUCCUGAUGUUGGACGGUGUAGAUCAGGGCAGGUGGCCAGCAGGGGAGAGCCAUGGGGACCCCCCAUGCAGGGGUGCAAUGCCUCCAUUUGGAAGGGAGGCAGCUGUGGCAGCAUCCAGGUCUGUAGGCACUGCACACGGAGCCACGUUUCCUCCUGCGGUGCACCUGCGUGGGACCCAGUGUGGAGUCACCACAAGGGGGAAAUCGGGACCCCUGUGUGUGAGUUGUGGGCAGGGGCUGAUCAGAGCAGGCAGAGAGCUACUGGGCAGAUGAGAGCGAGGAAGUUGAGAGCCAGAGGUCAGGGUGGGAGAGAUGUGUUAGUCUUGGGUGCCCUGGUCAGGCCUGAAGCGACCAUCAUCAUGCCGUAGGUGGCUGGAAGAGACAGGCUGGGCGUGGCUAAGCCUCCCUCCACUUGUGUUAGAGUUGUGUCCUCUCCUCCAGGGAUGACUCGGGGCUGUGUCCUCGGAGCUGCUAGGAGGUUGUCAGUUGUGCCAGGAGGGUCUGUGUUUGCAGGCGGGGUCGCACCCUGUCCCGGGCUCCCUUUGUCUCACUGGAUAUAAGGCUUGGACAUUGUUGUACUUCAAGUCAGGUUCCUGUGGGGGCCAAGAGUGAGUCCACUUCCUUGGGUUAGAAAGUUCUAGACCAAACACAUCCAUUCCGGUCACACACAGCAUGACAGGGCCCACCGCAGAUGAGAGGGUUCCUUCCUUGCCCCCUGGGGUUCUCAGAAUCCACUAGAACAGAGUGAUGGCGCUGCUGGGGGCAGCAGGGCCAAACCCUCCUGGGAGCAGGUCACGCGGGGCCUGGUGGCUGAAGCACCUCCACGUGCCCCAGCCCUGUCCUCUCCCUGAGCACGCCGCCGUUCCCCCAGCCUCUGCCCUGCUGGGUGUCCCUGUCCCUUCCACUGUUCCCUUGAGCAAGGUUCCCCUCCCUAGCAGGAGCAUGUGAGGGUGAGGAGUGGGCCAGAACCAGGUGGUUCCUGAGAGGCGGGGGCCACGUGCCCCGCAGCCCUCACUGGAGCAGUAUCAGGAGGGCCUGCAGCUCCCUGGCCACUGGGCAGGCUACACACAGCAGCCAUCCUGCAGACUGUGCUGCUGGGGACCCACAGGCCUGCUGGGCCUGGCGGCUGGGCUGCGGACUCUGCCCAGAGGGAGCACAGAGCCUCCCUGGCUCAGGUUGUUGGCAUGGCCACUCCUCUAACCCAGGCUCGCCCUCCCAGGGUGCAGAAAAGGCAUGAAUCGGAGGGAGGGAUUCCUGGGUGGAUGCUGGUCAGGAGAGCAGCGGAAGGGCAGUGGCUGCGCUCGUACUGCCUGCCUGGUGGGCAGUGGAGCAAGUGGUGAGGAGGGGCCCCUCCCAGCCCCGCUGUGUGCCACAGCUGCAGGCCAGAGAAGAGGCAGGGAAUGGGAAAUCCUGUCCAGGACACUUCUGUACACAGAGUUCUGUGUACAGGCGACUUGUGACUGCUUGGUGUCUGGGUGGAGUGCCUAGAGCGAGGUUGGUGCCGUGUUGAAGCAGGCAGGGGUUUGGACAUCCAUGCUGUUGUCUGUGGUCAGGUGGACUUGGGGGAGGGGGGAGUCUAGUGUCCUGACCUGUCACGAUCCCAGUGCAGCCUUGUCUGGGGUUGACAUCUGUGGGGCUGCCUGGGGACCUCCAGAGGACGCCUGGGCUGGCUGGUGGUCCAGACCGCUCUGGCUGGCAGCUUUCUCUUGUUCAGAUGCUGCUGGGAUUUGCCUCUAAGUAUGGCUUUUGGGUUGAGAUGAAUUGUGUGCCCACUGCUGAGCCCUCAGAGGAGCAGACAGUGGCAGGGAGUGGGGGAGGGAGCCACACUUGAGACACGGUCUUGGGCACGGGUGCUGCGCCUGCAGGCGGCCCUGGUCUCUACAGAGCUCUAUGGAUGGGCUCGUGCACCAAGUUAGGGGAACCUCGUGGUUUCUUUGUUCUCUCUCUCCCCCUCCUCUAUCUCACACACACACAUGCCACCACUCAGUUUGUCUUAGUACCACCCCAAGUGGCUGCAGCUCUGGGGAAGCCCAUCUGCCUGGCGGUGACGUGCCAUGGAGUUAGAGCGGAGGCCCCCUCUUCAUGGUGUGUGCAGCCUGGGCUCCUCCCACCCCAGCCUGUGAGUGCCUGAAGCAGACCCAGUACGUGCUGCAGAGGUCGCAACAGCCACUGCGCACUCACAGGUGGGCCAGGGCCGGGGCCCUACACGUGUCUCCUGCUGUGGAAACAAAUGACAUUGCAGGGAGAGGCCACGCUUGGAAUGCCCAUUGAGUGUUCGCUGUGAAGUUAACCUGGCGCACAAAACCAGGAGGGUGCCAGGAGCUGAGGGCAGAUUCCAGCCAGAUGGCCUCAGUGCGAGCAGCGGGCGAGGAACGUGGGAGCUCACCUUUCCAGCACGAAGCAAGAGGAACUUGGGGAUUUUAAAGCGUAAUAUAUUGAAGCAGAGCACUGGAUGGGUUCAAGAGCAGAGAGACUUGGCCUGCAGAAGACUGAGCACCAGAAACCAUGGGCCGAGGAGGAGGAGCAGCCCCGGGGCCGACCCCCGAAGGCCUGACCUGUGUCACUGAGCACCAGCCAGAGUCAUGCAGCGAAAAAGCUCAGAUAAUGGCUGCAAACUCAGUGACAGACAUGAGUUCGGGAGUGUCAGGAAACACUUAAGAGCGUUGCGUCGCACAGCCCACAAAGGCCCACAGUGCUCCUCCGUGCUGCCCAGGGAAGGCGUGAGGAAGCAGAGACCAGGAAGGCAGAAGUACAAAUUCAAAAAAAUCUUAAUUUAUUGUAGAUUCUUUUCUCGUGGUGGUGUCAUUCCAGUGUUCCGAACGUUAAUAAA